CUCGCCCCCUUUUCCUCCUCUCCUCCGGGCGGGGGAACUGGCUUUCCUUAACAACCUUCAAAGUGGGUUCGGCGGUGCUUUACGGCCCCCUCCCCUCUUCCACCAACGGAGGGGAGGGAAAGGGGUGUGCGGCAUACGUAGAACCAAUAAGUCGUCCGCUUCCCCCCCUGGGGCUAAUCACCCGGGAGACCAGGGAGGGGGAAGGAAGAGGGAGGCUGCCGUAAAGUGAAGGUGGUGCUGUGGUGAGACCGAUACAGUGGGAGGUGGAGGAGGAGAGCUUGUAGCCUGUCCGGGCUGGGUCGGUUGUCAUUGAGAUAGAGCUGAGGAAGCGGCGGGGGUGGCUGCAGAAGAGUGGCAACAUCUGCAACAGCAGCAGCAGCCAUGGCGGGGGCACUGGCCCGGAAAGCGGCCGACUAUCUCCGGAGCAAGGAUUUCCGGGACUACUUGAUGAGUACGCACUUUUGGGGACCAGUGGCCAAUUGGGGACUUCCCAUUGCAGCCUUCAAUGAUAUGAAAAAAUCUCCAGAGAUCAUUAGUGGCAGAAUGACAUUUGCCCUCUGUUGUUACUCUUUGGCCUUCAUGAGAUUUGCCUAUAAGGUACAACCUCGCAACUGGCUCCUCUUUGCCUGCCAUGCCACGAAUGAAGUUGCCCAGAUCAUCCAGGGAGGCCGGCUUGUCAAAUACCAGAUGACUACAAAAGCCUCUGCAUAACAAUGGGAGGGAGAUUGUACCCUGCUGCAUUGACAGCAUUUCCAGUGACAGCUGCUGAGACACAGAUUCUAUCACACAUGGUCUUGUUAAGGAAGACAAACAACAUCUUUUCAUUAGCCAGAAUUACUUCUUUAGAAAGAGCCAAGAGUACCUAAAAUAACUCUUUGCUGCCUUACAAAUACUUAACAUAUUCUCUCUUUUUAAAGAGUGGUUCCAAUUAUGCAACUAAUUUAAUGGUCUCAAUGAUGGUUUUAAUCUGAAAUAAUAUGUAUAUUAGCUCUUGAUCACGGAAUUUAUCUUAUGAAAAACUGAAGAGAACAAAGCUUGUAACUUCGAGCACUUAGGUACACAGAAAAUUUGGUUUGUCUUAUAAUAGUCACAAGGCAGUAUUUGGCUGCACAUGUGUUUUAUUUCCUAUGAAAUAAUUAUUGAACCAGUUAUCUGUGUACUUCCAUGCAGUGUGUAUGGUCAAAAUGCUGUAUCUUAAUUGCAAUAAAUCAUUGAAACAUUAAA